AAUUGCCAAAAUGUGUUGGAAUUCUUAAAUGACUCAAAACCAAAAGUCUGUUUGGGAUACAAAAUUAUAAGAGCAGAAGAAGCAGCAGGAAGGAUUCGGUGCCAAUGCAGCAACAAAAAAGACAGCCAGAGAUAGUGGAAGGAAAUCUUCCUGUUUUUGUGUUUCCUACGGAGCUUAUAUUUUAUGCAGAUGACCAGUCAACACACAAACAGGUGUUGACCCUAUAUAACCCUUAUGAGUUUGCCUUAAAAUUUAAAGUUCUUUGCACAACUCCAAAUAAAUAUGUUGUUGUCGAUGCUGCAGGUGCAGUGAAGCCACAAUGUUGUGUUGAUAUUGUGAUUCGUCACAGAGACGUUCGGGCUUGUCACUAUGGCGUGAUAGACAAAUUCCGGCUCCAAGUGUCUGAGCAAAGCCAGAGGAAAGCAUUGGGGCGAAAAGAGGUUAUUGCUACACUACUUCCAUCUUCAAAAGAGCAGCAGCAAAAGGAAGAGGAGGAAAAAAGAAUAAAAGAACACCUGACUGAAAGUGUCUUUUUUGAGCAGACUUUGUGUCAACCAGAAACCAGAUCUGCCUCUUCAGGACCUAGUUUACUAACAGUCUUCCUGGGAAUAGUAUGCAUUGGUGCACUAAUGCUGCCCACACUGGGGGAAGUGGAAUCCUUGGUGCCUCUCUACCUCCAUUUAAGUGUGAAUCAAAAGUUAGUAGCUGCUUAUGUUUUAGGUCUCAUCACUAUGGUUAUCUUGAGGACAUGAGUAAUGACUUAAUUGGAUGUAAAAAAUCCCCAACCUUAUCUUACUAUAUAUUCACAUCAUGAAUGUGGACUGCCUUUUACUCCCAUGUGACACAUUAAGAUGCUAGAAAAAUUAUUCAGUGAUUUAAAAUACUUUCAGAAGUGUAAUAUAUUUUAACUAUGUAACUAUAAAUAAUUGACAAGCACUCUUGAGGUGCUUCUGUUACAGCUAUGGAAUGUUUAGUGACAUCUGUGAACUUAUUUUGAAGGAACUUUUAUAACUACAAAAUUUAUUAAAGCAACAUUU